AAGAAGAGCUUCCGGCUGACAGAUGCUAAUGUAGCCUCAUAUCAGCAGUGUUUCGGCAGAAUCAUUCUGUUUCAGUUCUUUAGAAUCGGUUAGAAAUUGUACCACUGGUUUUUAAAAGCCCUUUACUGGAUUAAAUCCAAACGCUGCACAGAAUGUUGGCUGCAGGAGCAGCUGUAACCACAGCACUGGCACAAGUGGACAGAGAGAAGAUCUACCAGUGGAUCAAUGAGCUGUCCAGUCCAGAGACCAGGGAGAACGCUCUCCUGGAGCUCAGCAAGAAGAGGGAGUCGGUGCCGGACCUGGCUCCCAUGUUGUGGCACUCCUGUGGAACCAUAGCGGCCCUGCUGCAGGAAAUCGUCAACAUCUACCCAUCAAUCAACCCACCGACCCUGACAGCACACCAGUCCAACAGAGUCUGUAACGCCCUCGCUCUCCUCCAGUGUGUUGCCUCCCAUCCAGAGACACGGUCGGCUUUCCUGGCUGCACACAUCCCACUGUUCCUCUACCCGUUCUUACACACUGUCAGCAAAACACGGCCGUUUGAAUACCUCCGCCUCACCAGCUUAGGAGUCAUAGGUGCUUUGGUGAAAACAGAUGAGCAAGAGGUGAUCAACUUCCUGUUGACCACAGAGAUAAUUCCUUUGUGCCUUCGUAUCAUGGAGUCUGGAAGUGAACUCUCCAAAACGGUUGCUACCUUCAUCCUGCAGAAGAUUCUCCUGGAUGACACGGGGCUGGCAUAUAUCUGCCAAACAUACGAGCGCUUCUCUCAUGUCGCUAUGAUUCUAGGUAAAAUGGUCCUGCAGCUCUCCAAAGAGCCGUCAGCUCGCCUCCUCAAGCAUGUAGUGCGAUGUUACUUACGGCUGUCUGACAACUCCAGAGCCAGAGAAGCUCUGCGACAGUGCCUCCCCGACCAGCUCAAAGACACCACCUUCGCUCAGGUCCUGAAGGACGACACCACCACCAAGCGCUGGCUGGCCCAGCUGGUGAAGAACCUGCAGGAGGGUCAGGUGACCGACCCCCGGGGGAUUCCUCUCCCCCCGCAGUGACCGUCCUUCCUGCUCCUCACCCAACCCCAAGGAACACCAGCAAGGAACUGCCAAACAAACGACAAGCCUUCGAUCGUGGACGGCACAGUUUUUAUGAGAGACUUGGAACAAAAAGAAAAACCUGCUGCCUCCUUAUGUUUCUGUUCAGAUGUGCAAGCAAACGGCUUGAGCUUCUGCACUUCUGUUCUCAUGGAUCCACGUUUUUAAAGACAUUUGUUGCCUUGCCAUGUGGUCUGCAACUGACUUGAAUAAAUUGUUGCAAAGCAUAAAGCAGGAUCAGCUCAUUCAUUCUGUGGAUGUAAAACUUAUCAGACACCAGAUCUAAGAGCACGCUGAUCAAGAGUUUAAAUAAUAGAUGGAUGCUGCACAGCCAGAGAUGAUUUCAUCUCAUACAUCCUUCUACUCCAUCAGCUUGAUUUAUAUUUUCAGCAUCCACAAAUGUGUGCAGCAAUUGUCACAUUGCUGAAAGUGCAAUGUGAAGUAAAGGCACACAUUCGACUAGAAGUUUUAAUGUUGAUUAAUACAGAAAGAAAACUCACCUGGUUCUCGUUUGCAAGAGAAGUCUGUCUGAUAGCACAUAAUUUGUUUGGAUUUCUUGGAUACAUUCUUUUUUUGUUGUUUUAUUGGCAUACAGGCUUCUCAUGUGCACAUCAAAAUGAGUGAAAAGAUUGGAUGGAAACACUGAAAAGCACAAUUUUAAAAUGCAAUGUCAAUUUUAUUGCAGCACAGUUACUGCAUUAUCAAUCAUGAUCGGGAUUUUAGUUUCAAAAAGUAAAUGAACAUUACUUGAAUUUCAUUUUGAAGUGUAAGUGCAAUAAAAAUGUAAAAUCACUGAACAAUUGUAAUAAACAGGUAAUAAUUGUGGUUAUA